UUAAACGAUACUUGUGCAUUGAUUGGCCUUCGCGACAGGCAAAAAUUUUCGUGUUGGAGACCACGAAAAAAUCCAUAAUUGUUGACUGAAAAUGAGUACGCCCACAAAAAAUGGCACCGGCUUAGAGGAUGUCAACAUACCUGGUCAAGCGUUUCUGCGUGAGGCACUAACCUCCUGCACAGAUCCGCUUAAAGCCAUCGAAAGUUUUCAGUUGGAGAAUGGCGUGCUGCUGCCCUCGCUGCGUCCCAUGCUGCCGCUGUUGGAUUUGCAUGGCGUCCGCCGUCUGGAUUUUCAUACAUCCCUUAUGGAGGAGCUGCGCGACAAGCUAAUCGCGCACAUCAACGAGCUCGGCCAGAAGGAGCCGCGCGAACGCGAAAAGAAGCUAAAGGAGCUGCUGGUCAAGAGCUUUCCGGUUGUGCGCGUCAAGUCAUUGCGUCCCGUCGUCAUGGCUAUAUUGCGGAACACCCAGCACAUUGAUGACAAAUAUCUGCGGAUUCUGGUCCGCGAUCGCGAACUCUAUGCGGACACGGACACGGAGGUGAAGCGCCAGAUCUGGCGCGACAACCAAUCGCUGUUUGGCGAUGAGGUCUCACCGCUGCUAUCGCAAUAUAUACGGGAGAAGGAGCAUAUCCUGUUCGAUCACACGAAUCUCAACAAUUUGUUCUUUCAGCCCACGCCAAAGGUGCGUCGGCAGGGCGAGGUUGUCCAGAAGCUGGCCAAUAUGAUUGGCACCAGCGUCAAGCUCUACGACAUGGUCUUGCAGUUUUUGCGCACACUUUUCUUGCGCACACGCAACGUCCACUAUUGCACGCUGCGCGCCGAGCUGCUGAUGGCCCUCCAUGAUCUGGAGGUGCAGGAGAUCAUAUCGAUAGAUCCGUGCCACAAGUUCACCUGGUGCCUGGAUGCCUGCAUUCGGGAGAAGAACGUGGAUAUAAAGCGUUCGCGUGAACUUCAAGGAUUUCUGGACAAUAUCAAGCGUGGCCAGGAGCAGGUGCUCGGCGAUCUCUCCAUGACGCUGUGCGAUCCGUACGCCAUCAACUUUUUGGCCAGCUCGGCCAUCAAGAUACUGCAGUAUCUGAUCAACAACGAGGGCAUGGCCAGGGAUAAUCAGAUAUUGAUAUUGUUGCUGCGCAUGCUGGCGCUGGGCUUGAGCGCCUGGGUGAUGAUCGAUUCGCAGGACUUCAAGGAGCCCAAGCUGGAUGGCCAGGUGGUCACAAAAUUUCUGCCAGCCCUCAUGUCGCUCAUGGUGGACGAUCAGUGCCGCAGCCUGCACGCCAAGCUGCCGCCCGAUGAGCGCGAAUCGGCGCUGACCACCAUCGAGCAUUCAGGGCCGGCCCCAGAUGCCGUCGAGGCCUACAUACAGGAGAGCGCGGUGGCCAGCAUUUUGACCAUGUACUAUACGCUGCAUACGGCCCGCGCCAAGGAUCGCGUCGGCGUGCUGCGCGCUUUGGGCAUACUCUCCGUUUGCAAGGACGAUCGCGCCUACGAGGAUCCCUUCUUGCACUCGCUGAUCGCCCUGCUGAUACCGAUGACCGAUGAGUUUGCCACCGAAGACUUUUGCACCACGCUCUUCGAUGAGUUCAUUUUCGCCGGACUGCAACGCGAGAAUGUCACCUCGCGGCACAUGCUGAAGCUGCUCUGGUAUGUCCACAACAGGCUGCCCGCCGGCCGCCUCGGCACGCUGAUGAAGGCCAUGCAGCCAACAACGGCGCACAAUGAGCACAUUCACAAGCUCUACGAGACGCUCCAGGAGCGCAUUGGCGCAGGCCCGCCGCCGCCGCUGCUGCCACCGCCACCACCACCACCGCCACCACCAUCGCAGCCGACACCAGAGACGCCCGUUGUUGAGGCUGCAACGACGGCAACGACAGCUACGGCUACGGCUACGGUGACAGCGACUCCGCCGCCGCCGCCGCCGCCACCACAGCCGCUGCCACAGCCGGCGGCGGACUUUGAAGCAACCAUAAAGGGCGUGCCCGCGCCAGGUCCACACUAUAGCCCCCAAUAGCCCGAGGCCGAGGCAGCGGCAGCGGCUGAUAACGCAACAGCUGCACCUCUUGGAUAAACACCAGAAUUAACUACAGUAUAUUGCUCGCAUUAGUAUCUAUAUGUAAGCUUUUUUUUAUACGCGCGUAUCUUAAGCACAUAUUAAGCUUUGUAAAUAGCUAGACUUCUUAUCCAUAUUUAUAUUUAUAUGAUAUAUUUAUAUGUCUCUAUAUAGAGCCUACCAAUGUCUACAUAUAAAAGUUAAUCUAUGUCUAUCUAAAGCCCACCAAUGUCGAUAUAUUAACCAAAUAUGUGUGUAUCAAGACAUAAAUAUCCAGUCAAAGAGCCUAUCGAUGUCUGAAGAUAGUCCAUAAUUUGUCUAUACAGAGUCGAUAUAUAUACAUAUAUAACCAACUAUGUGUCUAUGUAGAGUCGAUAUAUAUAUAUAACCAACUAUAUGUCUACGUAGAGCCUACCAAUUGGGCAUAUAUACAUCCAGCAAUAGAAACUUAUUGUCUAUAGAUAAUCAACAAGUUGUCUAAAUGUCUUAAUCUAAACUAUAUAUGACAAUGUAGAGCCUAUCAAUUAGGCAUAUAUACAUCCAGCAAUUAGGCGUAUAAAUGUCUAUAGAUAAUCAACAAUUUGUCUAAAUAGAUUCUACCUAUGUCUAUGUAGAACCAUAAUAAGCAUAUACAUCCAGUAAUAGAAACUUGAUGUCUAUAGAUAAUCAACAAUUUGUCUAAUUAUAAACUAUAUAUAUCUCUGUAGAGCAUAUUAAUUAGGCAUAUAUACAUCCAGUAAUAGAGCUUAUCGAUGUCUAUAGAUAAUCAACAAUAUGUCUAUAUGUCUAAACAUAAACUUUGUCUUAGAGCGUAGAGCAUAUUAAUUAGGCAUAUAUACAUCCAGUAAUAGAGCUUAUCUAUGUCUAUAGAUAAUCAACAAUUUGUGUCCAAAUAAGAAUGUACCAAAAAGGUUACAUGUAUUCAGAUAUAAAGUCUAUCAAUGUCUAGAUAUAACCAACUAUGUGUCUAUAUAGAACCAACCUAUGUCUAGAUAUUUAAUCAACUAUAUGAGUAGACAUAUAUAGCCAGCAUAUAAAUAUCUGAAUAUAACCAACUAUGUGUCUAUAUAGAACCAACCCAUGUCUAGAUAUAUAAUCAACUAUAUGAGUAGACAUAUAUAGCCAGCAUAUAAAUAUCUGAAUAUAACCAACUAUGUGUCUAUAUAGAACCAACCCAUGUCUAGAUAUUUAAUCAACUAUAUGUCUAUGCAGAAACUACCAAUGUCUAUAUAUAGUAUAUAUAUAUGUAUAUCCAACUAUGGAACCUAUCGAUGUCUAUAUAUAUACAUAUAUAUAUAAUCAACUGUAUGUCUAUAUACAACAUACGCAUAUCUAUAUAAUUAAUCAACUCAAUGUCUAUAUAUACAAUUAUAUAUCGAACUAUAAGCCGACAUUUUUCAGGGGCUACGCGCGUGAUAUUCGUACGUUUUUAAAACCAAAGAAAAAUUCAAUUUUAUUUUUUGUUUUAUCUAUCUCAAGGUCCGAUUUUAGAAUAGUAUUUUAAGACGAAUUUUUCUAGUCCAAAAGCGAGUUGCUCAAGUGAUAAAAAAACAAAAAAAAAACGAGAUUACAAAAAUAAUAAUUCCAUUUUACAACGACAAUUUCCGCAUAAUGAAAAUGAAGAAAAAUCUA